CAAAUAAUAUAAUUAUACUAUAAGUUUAUGCGUAUUAUUUUAAUACGCAUGCCGUAUGUAAUAAUUUAUACAUCCACAUACUAUUAUAGUGUAUAAUAAGUAUUCGUUUAAGUGAUAAAUGCUCGAUAUGUCAUGCGUAAACAUAUAUAUUAUCAACAUAAUGAUGUAUUAGUUUAACUAACCUAAAUGAUACAUUAGAUAAAAACCUAGACAAUUAAUAAGUUCAAGCCCCUCGGGACGUAGCCCGUGCCGAAUCAGCCCACCCAAGUUAAACGACAUUGCGAGAGUGCAGAUGCCAUUCAAAAGUGAUGUUAAAUAGUGGCAAUGAUGUCCGAGUAUAAAUGAUGAGGAAAAAUUAUAAUUAGGGGUUACAUUUAGUAAAAUUAUUAUAUAAUAUACGCAUUCUCUAUCUCCCAUGAUUGGACCAUAUAUUUUUGUGUUUCAGUAUUUAUGCUUAUGACGUGCUUAUAUGAUAUUGUUAUGGUAAUAUUUGUCUCAUAGUGUAGAACGUGUAGGUUAAUAUAAUUAUUAUGAUACAAUGUGAUUUUAUAUUUAUUUUGUACUUGAAUUUUAUGUAAUUGGUAAAAUAUUGAAUUUUUUGAUCUAUGUAGUCGGAAUUGUAUAAUAAUAACGUGGUUAAACCAUACAUAACAUAGUCUUAAGUAAAUAACAAACUGGUAAAAAAAAAAUAAUAAUAAUACUUAGGUAGGUAUAAUCUCUGUUAUAAUUAUAUUUAUAUUAAAAAAAUUACUGUUAUUUUUCACACUUGUUUAUUUACACAUUAGUUUGAAUUUUACUAGCUUAAGUGCUAAAAAUUACAGACUUUCUUAAAAAUCUCGUCAACAUAUUAUAAUUCAUUAACGUGCACUUUAUUUUUGUAUAAAAAAAUUCUAAAUCGUUACAUUAUCAACAUUAAAAUACAUAAUAUUUGAUAUACACAUGUAAAGUAUAAAAUAUUAUGUUAUCUCAGAGUACUUCUUAGAACACUAAUGUAAAAUAAAAAUAGGUACCAUUGUAUUUAGCACGAAGAAAAACAUUCAGCGAAACCUAAACAGCAAUACGAUUAUGUUCAGAAAGCGUAUUCUAUGUAAAAAAAAAUCGUAUAAAAUACUUUUCGCGAGUAAGUAACCUAAGUAGUUAUAAUUAAUAAACCGUGACUAUGACAACCAUUAGUACGCGUAGGAAAAUAUUCAACGAGUUAUUGUUGUAAACACGAGUAUUUAGUCGGAUUAAUAAUAUUAUAAUUUUUUCGGUUAUUUGUUUUCGUUUUUGGUUUUAUUAAAAACGAUAAUUAUUGCGCACGGUACUGGAAACCGUAGAGAAUGUAUACGUACGAGAAAAAAAGGAGUGAUUACGGCCGACAAUGUCGAUUCCACAACUUCGGUCCGACAAUAUUGAUGAACAUGAUGCCAGACCGCGUUUUGGAGGACGAUUGGAUACAGAGGAAUCCGGUGGACAAGACCACAAACGAAACGAGCAAGUGGUCGGAACACGAGGCCAAUACGAUACGCAUUGAGUACAUCGAUCGCGGAGUUUCGCACAGGGAAGGCGGCUGGCCGGCUGACAUACACCUGGACGAUCCAGACCAAGUGUCCAGAUUCAAGAGGAAAGCGGAAAAGGACAAACUGUAUUUGCAAUCGGUCAAGACGGUGGCAGUUCUCACCGAACACUUUAUAAGACAAAAUAACGCAAUAGAUAUAUUCCAACCGUACUUCACCGAUCCGAAAACCAAAGAAUUCCAAACACAGACUCCGUCUCAUCAGACGUUGGCGAUAUUGAUAGACCCCUGCGAACCAAAGAGACCGGUACGAAACGUAUCUUGGUCAUCGGAACACAGCUCAGUGCUCGCGGUCAGUUACGCCGACAUGAGAUUCCAGAUGGGCGAUCCGAAUAACAGUCCCAACGCCUACGUAUUUGACACGGAGAUAUUUACGUUACCACAUUAUAUGGUCGAGUCAAUAAGUCCGGUUUCUCAAAUUAAGUUCCACCACAGGGACGGACCACUACUAGCGGGUGGCUUGUUGAACGGUCAAGUCGCGUUAUGGGACAUGCGAAAAAGUUCCAAACAUUUCAACAUCAGUGAAAUAAGAAAUGGUCAUCGUGACUCAAUCCUUAGUCUCGAAUGGAUUCAAUCCAAGACUCACUCAGAAUUUUUGACAGGAUCUAGUGACGGUCAGAUCAUAUGGUGGGAUACCAGAAAUCUCAGUGAACCUACAGACGUAUUGGUCUUAGAUUUAUUGAAAACCGAAGCCGAUGACGAUCCGGAAUGGAUUCAGUGGGGCCGGGCUCACGGAGUCACUUGCUUGGAUUAUAAUUUUUCGAUUCCAAUACGCUUUAUGAUCGGUACGAGCACCGGAAACGUGUUUGAUGGAAACCGCAAGGGUAGAACAACUUCUGAAAAACUACAAUUUACUUAUAAAUGUCAUGCUGGCCCCGUAUAUUCAGUGCAACGCAAUCCGGCAUACUUAAAAAACUUUUUGACCAUCGGUGAUUGGCAGGCCAAAAUAUGGUCAGAAGAGGUAAAGGAAUCUCCCAUAAUUUGGACUAAACAUUACGAUGUAAAAUUAACCGACAGCCAAUGGAGUAAUUCAAAAAGUUCAGUUUUUUAUGUAACUAGAGCUGAUGGAUUUAUGGACUGUUGGGAUAUAUUACAAAAACAAAAAGAUCCGAUACUUUCAAUUAAGUUAUCUGACAGGAGGUUAAAUUGUGUUACUUGCCAUGAAGAAGGAUCACUAUUAGCUGUCGGUGAUGACCUUGGUAAGACACACGUGAUUGAGAUGAACGAUUGGUUUAUAACUCCCGGACCAUAUGAUAGAACUCGAUUAACAGCUAUGUUUGAGAGAGAAACUAAACGAGAAAAAAUUAUUGAAGCUAAGCAGCGUGAACUAAAAACUAAAUUAAGUCACAAGCCAACUCAAAAAGCCGAUGAUUUUUUGACAAAAUCUGAAUUAGCGACUGAAGAAGUGGAAAGAGAAAUAACUGAACUCGUUGAAAAAUUGUGUACCGAUUCGUUUAAUGAAAUGAUCAAUGAAAAUGAGAAUGAUAUGGAAGAAGCUAAAUCGGAAGAAUUUAUAACUGAUGAAUAAAGAACUGGAAAUUUUUUUUCAUUUAA